AUGGAUGUCACACUCAACGAGAUCGCCUAUCUUCUUACAGUGCCUGCGGGUGCACUGUCACUAGAUGAGUCGACACUUUAUGCCGUCAUCGAACAAGAUGGCCACCUUAUCGAGAAGCAAUGGGUCGGUGAUGAACUGAAGGACAACAUAUUCAUCGCGUCGUGUGCGGAGGGCUCACCAUCGGCCAAGUACCUUCUGAACGAGGAUGUUCGCCGUGUGUUCUUUGUGGAUGUCGAUCACGUUCUCCAGUGUUCCGAAUAUGACGAGUCGGACGAGGAGUGGAAUGAAGUACCUCUCGAGUCUGAAAGUCCUAUCAUUCUUCACCCCAAAAGUCAAAUGAGCGGCUGUUUCGAUGACCAAAACAAUCAGAUUAUCUUUUUUCAAACCCCCUCCGGUCAACUACAAGGCAUACGCGUCCUGGAAACUGGUGAAUGCAGCCCUUUGCCUGAGAUCUGGCACGAGUUUCAAAAUCACACAGCUUUUACAUCGGAUAAUGGAGCCAUUCAUUUCAUGUUCAUUGACGAUGACAAUCAAAUCCAUAAUGUAAUGUUGGAUUCAAACAGCAACACAUGGCAUGACAAACCUGUUCUGGGAGGUGGAUUUGGAGAACAUGACUUGAUCCGUUUUACGGCCACCUCGACAGAUGAGGCAGAUCUCGGAUUCCUAUCCGUCUCAUUGGAAGGGAAGGUUUUAUAUCUGAGUCCUCAAGGGGAGCUACGCGAGCUUGGACACCUCGAUAAUCAACGGUUCUCCGCCAAAUCAAGUGAGGAAUGUGUGAUUGAAAUUGCCAGGGGAGGGAAAAAGCUUGUGAAGGCCAUGUGUGGCUCAAAACGUUGA